AUGAUUUUAAUCAAGGAGUCAGCUUAAGAGAAUACUUUGAAUGUCAAUUCGUAUUGGGUCCUAUAAUUUAAUAUUAUCUAAAUUUUUGAAGAAAAUGAUAGAAUAACAAAAAUUCAUAAAAAUAAAUAUAAAGUAAUAAUAAAAUUUUUAUUAAAUUUAGCUUGAUGUUGAUAUUCUAGAUGAAGAAAGUGAUGUGAAAUAUAAAAUUUAGAUAGAAUUAUGUGAUAUUGGAGAUGAAAUGUUGAGAGUUGAUGUUCUUAAUUUUGGAUAUGACCCAAUAGAUUUCAAUUAAACUCUUGAUCUUCUUAGAUAAAAGAUAUAAGAAUAAUAAUCUUGA